AUGAACACAGCACCGAAGCCGAUAAUUUUUGGAAGCACCCUCACUGUACCCACGUCAUUUACCCCGCUGCAAGAUCCCACUUCACAAGCAUCCAGCUCUUCUGCUGCUAGUACACCUAUGGCAAGCCCUGGCGUGGAUCUGGAGACUUUGAAGCAGCUACAUGCCCUUUUUGCUCAGCAUCUUAUACCUUUGACAGCCCCGCUCAAUAUUCCUUCCUCGCAAAACUCUAGUCCGCAGAGCGUCAGGUCGUUGAAUCUUCCGAAGUUAGAAAUAAAAGAAAAACCGGUAACGCCACAGUCUGAGGUCGCAUCUCCAGUACGACCAAAGGCAAAAGUGAGACCAAGCGGGCGGCCGCCAAAAUAUUUGGCCGAGGCGAAUGUGUUGGUGGAUAUUAUGGACGAUUCACCGCACGGCUACGUCGAGACGACGCCCCAGAUUAGGAAACUGCGGCAGAAUCUCGCCACCCAGCAGUGCCGCCUCAAUCGGGAGCGAAACGUCCGAUCGAUAAUUUAUCAACUCUCAACCGUUGUGGACAGAUGGCAAAAACUCAGGAAAACGGACGCCUGCCAGAAAUGUAUCGACGGGUCCUUCCUGACGAUGCUACACGACGAGGUGGAACGGGAAAAGAAGCGGGCGGAGCGGAAACACCGAAGCGCCGUCGAAAUUGCCACCUCCACCGCCACAUUGAAAAAUUUGUUACGA